AGAGGUUACUGAAGGCGCCAUGAUCGGCGCGCUGACGUCUGUAACCCUUUCGUGCCCGGGGCAGCGAUACUAUCAGUCAGUUAGAAGGCCCAGCCUCCCCAUGCCAGCCUUGCUAAGGGUUAACACCGCCCAACGGCGGCAGAUUUGGAUGGAGUUUGCGAGCUGGUCGCUAGGGAAGCCAUCAUUCAGGCGGUGACUGACCCUGAGCGAAGAGGCAGACAGUCUGCUCGCAGGCCGAGUUAUAAAACGCUUUAUUAUAUACAGAGCGCCAACAGCAUCCGAAGCGGAGUACAAAUCCAUUCACAGACAUUGCAAAAUGAUGGGGCAGCCGGAUGAUCCUUCUCUGGAAAGGCAUUUUAAAGGACACAGAGACACCAUCACCAGUGUGGAUUUUAAUCCCAACAUGAAACAAGUUGCAAGUGGUUCAAUGGACUCCUGUUUGAUGAUCUGGAAUAUGAAACCGCAAAUGCGAGCAUACCGCUUUGUAGGGCAUAAAGACGCCAUUUUGUCAGUUGAAUUUUCGCCUUCAGGGCACCUCAUUGCAUCUGCUUCCAGAGAUAAAACUGUUCGUUUAUGGGUACCUAGUGUAAAAGGAGAAUCCACUACAUUCAAAGCACACACAGGAACGGUUCGCAGUGUUAGUUUCUCAGGGGAUGGACAAUCUUUGGUCACUGCUUCUGAUGACAAAACUGUGAAGGUGUGGACCGUCCACAGACAAAAAUUCUUAUUCUCACUGAAUCAGCACAUAAACUGGGUGCGCUGUGCAAGGUUUUCACCUGAUGGAAGGCUUAUAGUGUCUGCUAGUGAUGACAAGACAAUAAAACUGUGGGACAAAACAAGCAGAGAGUGCAUACAUUCAUUCUGUGAGCACGGUGGGUUUGUUAAUUAUGCCGACUUUCAUCCGAGUGGCACUUGCAUAGCUGCUGCAGCAACAGACAAUACUGUGAAGGUUUGGGAUAUCCGUAUGAACAAGCUGAUCCAGCACUACCAAGUGCAUAGCGGCGUGGUAAAUGCACUUUCUUUUCAUCCGUCUGGGAAUUAUCUCCUCACAUCAUCAAAUGAUUCAACCCUAAAGAUUCUUGAUUUACUGGAAGGUCGGUUACUGUAUACUCUUCACGGCCAUCAGGGUGCAGUUACUUGUGCCAGAUUUUCGAGAGAAGGAGAUUUCUUUACGUCUGGGGGAUCUGAUGAACAAGUAAUGGUUUGGAAAACAAAUUUUGACUCUGCCAGUUACACUGAUGUGAUUGCACAUAAACAACGGACGUUUGCUAAUGAGACACAUGUCAAACCAUCUGGCCAACUAAAAGACUUCCUUCAAUCCGUUGCAAAUGAACAAAUUGAUGAGCCUGCAGAAAUGGAUCCGGUCAGUACACCUGUCCACGUCAAACAAAUGAAUCCUACUAUAAAGCUGUACCCCACUGAGCAGCAGGAAUCCCCAGAAAAUGCAGCCAAUCUACACAAUGUGGCAAACACACUGGAGCAUAUAGUAGGGCAGCUAGAUAUCCUUACUCAGACUGUAGCUAUUUUGGAGCAGAGACUUUCUUUGACAGAAGACAAAGUGAGGGAGUGUAUAUCAAAAAAGCAAGUUACGUUUCCAUUUGUGGACUCUGAUUCACAGAAGUCUUAAUUUCAACUGUGUGAUAUAUUUUUUAUUUUUUAAUAGUGUUGUAUUGCUGUAUAUUUAAAA